AUGUCGGCCCAGCACAAUUUAUUCGCUGCCGCCAACCCCCAACAGGGAAGUUCCGCGCUGUCGAAGCGUAAGCGUGGAUCCUGGUGCGUCGAGGACUUCACCUACGAGCAGAACAAGCAAAUGCGAACCCGCUCCCCCCGGCUGGACCGGCGCCACACCUACCAAGACGCCCCACCAGACCUCGUCACCGACUCCUCCGCGACCGCCUCGGACGAGGACCAGGCGAUGGACCAAGACAUGGACAUGUCGUCCGACGCCGACCACGACAUGGAUAUGGGGAUGGACGAGAGCGGAGGCGGUGGAUUCGAGUAUGAGAAUGGGGCGGUGGAUGCUCGGAUGAGGCGGGAGAGUAUGGAUGAUGGGCAGGGUGCGAAUUACUCGUUUGGGUCAGGAGGGAGUGGGGGGUUUGGGUUCGGACCGGGGGCGAUGGAAGAUGAGGAUGAUGAGGGAAGUGAGGGUUCGGGAAAGCCCACAUAUCCCUGCCAACCAUACCCCUCCCUCACACCCCACACCAACCCCAACCACUUCUCCAACCAGCCCUUCUCCAUCCGCCCCAAGUCCCCCCUCUCCGCUCAACCCUACUCGACCUCUCUCCGUGCACCCCGCGCUCCCGGCCUCCUUCAGCCGACUUCGGCCGGCCCGCUCGCGCCUAAUGCGAACGACGUGGAGCGUGCGCGGGCGCAGCAUGGGCCGCAGUGCCGGUCCAUCCCGAAGUUGGUGCUCAGCCAGUAUCCCGAUCCGGUAUCGGGGGAGAGGAGUAUGUGGACCCAUUGUGGGGAUUGCGGGGCGAUGGAGAGGAGCAUGUAG